AGAAGAGACUGUCUACAUAGUAAAUUCAUGGCCUAUCGUCGGAGAGUCUGAGGUAUAUAAAGCGGACCAUCGUUCGAUACAAGACACACACAACAUUCUCUCAUCAACCGAGAAAAUAUCCCAACUCUCCUCCCAACACUCAUCAUGAAAUUCUUGGUAUUGAUCGCUUUGGUUGCCGUCGCUGCUGCCGCACCGGCUAAGCUCGAUGAGGACAAACCCAUCGAGAUCAUCUCAUCCAACAGCGAAAUGAACGCCGAUGGAAGCUACUCUUUCGAUUUCGAAUCCGCCGAUGGCACCAAAGUUUCCGAGAGCGGCAGCCAGAAGCAAGUCGGACCUAAACCCGAGGAUAUCGGCACCGUCUCCAAGGGAUCUUACUCCUUCACCACUCCCGAUGGCGUCGUCUUGACCGUCAACUGGGUUGCCGAUGAAAACGGUUUCCAGGCCACCGGUGACCAUUUGCCCACUCCUCCCCCCAUGCCCGAGCACGUCGUCAAGAUGCUCGCCGACUUGAAGGCUGCCGGUCUUCUGUAAACCAACCAAACCCCAUCGACCUAGCCAAAUGAAAAAAAAAAUCCAAAAAAUUGUGUCUACCUUAUAAAUAAAAUUGUUUUUCCAUACACAAAACCAAACGUUGAAAUGGAAUCGAAAGUGAUUGAUACGACCAACAAAUUGUAAAUAGCCCGCCCACUACCACCGCACGCAGUUUUGACAUCCCUUUUGGCUAAUACCCAACACAACUAUGCAAUUUAGCAGUGAAAAGAAUCCUCCCUUUUUUUAUUUUUAUUUUUUUAGUGUUCCUCAGAGGAUCCAUCUAGUAAAUGAUUUAGGGACUUUUGCUCACCAAUGGAUCGCAAACGUGUGAAACCAUUUUUUUCUAGCUUUUAUAUUUUUAUCUUUCGAUUUUUCCUUUGGUUAAUUGGGACAUUUUCGUUGUGUUCAUUUGAUUCGAUUGAAAUUUUAAUUUCUAUAAUUCAUCUUUUUCAGUAAGAAAUACAAGUAAACGGUUCCAACCAUU